AUGUCGAUGAAAGCUGUUGGUGAGAAGCAAGUUGUUGACUCGUACGAGGUCAAGGACGAGACGUCACCCGUUGCCGAUGUCGAGGUAGGCGAGGGGUCAUCGUACAGCGACGACUACGAAGACCAAAGCGCUCCCAAAAGAAAGCCAACGAAUUUCAUCGACAGAAUCGGUACGCUUUUAAAUGCCGAGACUAGAGGUAUUGAAAAAGUCGAGCCCGAGGACAAAUACGACAAUAAUUUGCUCAAUGCAUUUACAAUCUAUUUCACUCCGCAGUUGGCUGUGUCGGCACUAAGCACCGGGUCCGUUGGUAUUGUCAUGGGCUUGAGUUUCAGCACCACCGUGGUGAUUAUCGUGUUGUUCUCCAUCAUUGGCAGUAUACCAGUAGGGUUAUUCUGCUUGUUUGGGAUGAAAUUCGGCUUGAGACAGCAAAUCAUGUCUCGUUACCUUACGGGAAAUAUCAUGGGACGCAUCUUUGCAUUUUUCAACGUCAUCAGUUGUAUUGGUUGGAACGCCAUUAACGUGAUCCCCUGCGCCCAGUUGUUAAACUCGGUGAAUCACAAUUUCAAGCCCUGGCUCGGGUGCUUGAUUCUCGUGCUUUGUGUCUGUGUCAUUUCCGUGUUUGGGUAUAGGACCGUGCAUUUGUACGAGAGGUACGCUUGGAUCCCCACGUUUGUGGUCUACUUGGUCAUCAUUGGCAAAUUCACUAGAGAAAAAGCAUUUGAAUGGGGCACCGACGAAGGCAACAGCUCCACGAAAGCCGGAAAUGUGUUGGCGUUCAUUGUCGUUAUGCUUGGGUUCACCGCUGGCUGGUCGCCUAGUGCCAGUGACGUUUUGGUAUACUUCAACCCCAAUAUGAAAUCGUGGAAGGUCUCCAUGGCGAUGAUCUCGGGGUUGAGUAUCCCUGCUAUUGGCUCCUGUAUCUUGGGCGCUGCUGUCACCACCAGCACGCUUAAGCCAGGCAGAUUCAAGGAUGCAUUUGAAGAAAACUCCUUUGGUGGAUUGAUUUACGAGAUAUUAUGCGGUGACAACAAUAACAAGGGCUAUAGGUUCCUUGUGGUGCUUCUUGCCUUGUCCGCGGUGCAAAAUAACUUGAGUGGAGGAUACAGUCUUUCGCUUGCCAUCCAAUGUGUCUGGUCAAAGUUUCAAAAGAUUCCUCGUAUUGCCUGGUGUAUUUUGGGGAAUUUGAUCUCGCUUGGGUUUGCCAUUCCCGCGUACUAUGUCUUUGAGUCGGCCAUGUCCAAUUUCCUCUCCAUCAUCGGGUACAACGUUUCCAUCUACAUUGGAAUCUCGCUUGCUGAACAUUUUAUUUACAGAGGUGGGUUCCGAGGCUAUGACUUUUCAAACUUUAACGAUCGCAAAACUUUGCCCGUGGGAAUUGCGGGCCUCGUUGCGUUUGCCUUUGGUGUUUGUUCCACAGUCUUGUCCAUGGACCAAACAUGGUACCAAGGGGUCAUCGCGAGAAGCAUUGGCGACGACGGAGGGGAUAUUUCAUUCGAGUUGAACAUUGUGUUUGCAUUUAUCGGCUACAACUUGGUUAGACCUUUCGAAAAGAAGUACAGCGGGAGGUGA